AUGGGACUGGAGGACGAGCGAAAGAUGCUGACCGAGUCUGGAGAUCCUAAGGAGGAAGAAGAAGAAGAGGGGGAAUUGGCGUUUCUACAUCAGGAUCCCUUAACAACAGCGAGAGAGCAAUGCCAGCAGUUGGAGAAAUGUGUAAAGGCCCGGGAGCGGCUGGAGCUCUGUGAUGAGCAUGUAUCCUCUCAAUCACAUGCAGAAGAGGAUUGCACGGAGGAGCUUUUUGACUUUUUGCAUGCAAGGGACCAUUGCGUGCCCCACAAACUCUUUAACAACUUGAAAUAAAUGUGUG